AUGGCGGAAGAUCCUUUCCUCCAGGUCCAAUCAGAAGUCAUAAACACUCUACAAACCAUCCGUCCUCUCUAUUCGUCCUUCCUCCGCAUCCGCUCGCUCACAACCUCAGCGUCCAAUCCGGAACUCCAGCAAUCCCGCGCCGAGCUCGAGUCGACGCUCGAAGACCUCCGCGCCGACCUCGCCGAUCUGACCGAGUCGGUGCGCGCGGUCGAACUCGAUCCUUACCGCUACGGAUUAGAGCUCGAUGAAGUGGAGCGCAGACGCAAGUUUGUGGAAGAUGUAGGGAAGGAGGUGGAUGAGAUGGCCCGGGAGAUGAGGAAACAGGAAACAAUGCCGACAACAACAAAAGGGAAAAAGGGGACCAGUGCUGCACUGCCUAAUCCCUCGGAAUUCGACGCCCUGUCCCCGGAUGCAGACGAGCAUGAUGACGAUUACUAUGCGACGUAUGAGCAGCAACGACAGGUGGACAUGAUGGCUGCGCAGGACGAGCAGUUGGACGGGGUAUUUCGCACGGUUGGCAAUCUACGACAGCAAGCGGAUACUAUGGGCCGCGAAUUGGAGGAUCAGGCUGUGUUGCUUGACGAUGUUGAGAAUCUAGCGGAUACAGUUGGCGGGAAACUGACAAAUGGAAUGAAGAGGAUCAGGACUAUUGUGAGGAAGAAUGAAGGUACGUCUAUUUUUUUUUCUUUUCUCUUCUUCCUUGCCUAA